AUGGUCGAGAGGAGCAGCAAAUUCCUACUGGUCGUAGUCGGAUCGGUGUGUUUCAUGCUGAUCCUGUACCAGUACGUAGCUCCCGGCGUGAUCAGCCUCGGCUCCCCGCACGGCUACCUAUUCGCGGACACUGCCGAGGAAGAGAUCGACCUAUUCCCCACGCCGGAUCCACAUUACGUGAAGAAAUACUACUUCCCCGUGCGCGAUCUGGAACGCACUAUCGAUUUCCAGAUGAAGGGCGAGGACGUGAUCGUGUUUCUCCACAUCCAGAAAACAGGGGGGACCACGUUCGGGAGGCACCUGGUCCAGAACGUGCGCUUGGAGGUGCCGUGCGAUUGCAGACCCGGGCAGAAGAAGUGUACUUGUUAUCGGCCCAAUCGGAAAGAGACCUGGUUGUUUUCGCGUUUUUCCACCGGUUGGAGUUGUGGCUUGCACGCAGACUGGACUGAGUUGACCAACUGUGUGCCCGGCGUGCUCAACAAGAAGGAGAGUAAAGGCAAGAGUCCAAGGUGA